GCGAGGCAGGACGAGAUCUACAUUGGGAAGGGGAUCUGGAUGUCCACAGCGACGCUUGUUGUCGACAAUGGCGCUUACACGAUAAAGUGUGGAUUUGCCGAACGGCCGGAAACGUUGCGACUUUCCCGCAAUUGUGUCGCCAAGGCGAAAGGCGACAGACGAACGUUCAUCGGCGACCAGCUGGGGGACUGUCGCGACUAUUCUGGACUUUUUAUUCGCGUACCUUUUGAAAAGGGAUACUUGACGAACUGGGAGAUUCAAAAAACCAUUUGGGAGCGCCUCUUUUCAAGUGAUGUAUUGGAUGUCAACGCCAGCGAGACCAAUUUGCUGUUAACAGAACCGUGCUUCAAUCUGCCAAUUAUUCAGCGGAACUAUGAUGAGAUCAUCUUUGAGGAAUUCGGGUUUGCAGCCUAUCAUAGAACCGCUGCGGCGAACCUUUGCAAAUACACCUUGACUACAAAUGAAGUUGCGGAAUGCAUGCUGGUUGUGGAUUCUGGCUACUCAUUCACCCAUAUUGUGCCAAUAUAUGCUGGUCGUCCCAUUUGGGAGGCAGUGAAACGAAUUGAUGUAGGCGGGAAACUCUUGACAAAUCAAUUAAAGGAGACGAUAUCCUUCCGUCAGUGGAAUAUGAUGGAUGAGACGUACCUGGUUAACGGUAUCAAGGAACUGUGUUGUUAUGUGUCGCAACAAUUCGAAUACGAACUGAAAGUAUGCAAGAGUGCGGACAGUUCAGUAAAGCUAGAAUACGUUCUGCCAGACUUGGCAGCGAAUGCUCAUGGCUAUGUGCGGCCUAAAGACGGGCCUCCUGUACGCCCUGACCAGCAGGUACUGGUUAUGAACAAUGAACGGUUUACAGUUCCUGAAGUUCUCUUCAACCCUUCCGAUAUUGGGAUACAACAGGCGGGCCUGGCUGAGGCUAUAGUUGAAGCAGUUCAGAAUACGGAUCCAAAUUUGCAUGGGUUAUUCUUUAACAAUGUAUUUCUCGCCGGUGGAAACAUAUGCCUUCCAGGCCUCAAGAAUCGACUGGAAUCGGAUUUGCGGAAGCUGGUCCCGGUGGAAGCGGAUGUCCGGGUAAUUCAAGCUGAAAGACCCAUCACCGCUGCCUGGGAAGGUGGAGUCAAAUGGAUACAACAAUACCCUAAUGAUUUCAAUCAGAAGUGUGUCACUCGUGCUGACUUUAUGGAAUAUGGGUCUAAUUUGUGUGAAGAGCGAUUUGCUUGAAAAUCGAUGUACUUACGGCCACGGCCAACGGCUCUUGCCAAAGGAGAGAUAAGAAACGCAAAGACAAAUAUACAAGAUGAAGAAUGAUAUUUCAGGUACAGAAGAAAAACAUUGAAAGGAGUUUGGAGUUCACCGC